UGCUAAACCGGCACACUGGCAUAAACCGGUUUGACAACCUUGCUGUUCUCCCACACUGUGCUCCACGUACCGUUUCUCUCUGUCUCUCCAGAAGAGUCCAAAAAAUCUCUGAUGAAAUCCCAGUAACCGUUUUCUCUCUCUCACACCAAGAGACAUCGCGAGAAAAAUGUGGUCCCUACCUGACCCUCUGCCGUCCCUCCACCUCCCUCCGCUGCCGGAGAAGCAUCUCCUCCUCUCCACGGCAAUGUCCUUCGCCGCCGCCGCCCUGCUCCUCCGCGACCUCGUCCCCGGCUACCUCUCCUCCCGCAUCCGCCGCCUCACCACCGUCAUCUCCAACAACCUCACCGUCGUCAUCGACGAGUCCGACGGCCUCACCGCCAACCAGAUGUUCCACGCCGCCAACCUCUACCUCGCCCACAAGCUCUCGCAGUCCACCGCCAGGGUGAAAGUCCUGAAGCCGGAGAAGGAGGAGGACCUCGACGUCACCGUCGACCAGCACCAGGAGCUCGUCGAUUCCUUCGGCGGAGCGAAGAUGAAGUGGAGCCUCUCUUCCAACCCUAACUUCACCCCGGCCUACAGCACCAGCGGAUUCACCGUCGGGCUUCAGCCGUCGGAGAUCCGCUUCUUCGAGCUCACCUUCCACAAGAAGCACCGGGAGCUGGUUCUUGGCUCCUACCUCCCCCACAUUCUCGCGGCGGCGAAAUCGAUCAGGGAGGUGAAGAAGACGGUGAAGCUCUACGCCAUCGACUACAGAGGGGAUAACGAGCACUGGGGCGCCGUCAACUUCCACCAUCCGGCCACGUUCGAGACGGUCGCCAUGGAUCCCGGGCUCAAGAAGGCGCUGAUCGCCGAUCUUGAUGCGUUCAUCGAGCGGAAGGAUUUCUACAGGAAGGUCGGAAAAGCGUGGAAGCGCGGUUACCUGCUGUACGGACCUCCCGGUACGGGGAAAUCGAGCUUGGUCGCCGCCAUGGCGAAUUACCUCAAGUUCGACGUCUACGACCUCAAUUUCAAGGAAGUCUACGGCGAUUCCCACCUCCACAAGCUCCUCAUCGGCGCCGGCAAUAGAUCUAUUCUCGUAAUGGAAGACUUCGAUCGCGCAUUGGCGUCAAAGAAGAACGACGAUAAGAUUUCGAUGGCGGGGCUGCUGAACUUCGUGGACGGGCUGUGGUCGUCGUGCGUGGAAGAGAAGAUACUCGUGUUCACGACGAACCACAAGGAGGAGCUGGAUCCGGCGUUGCUGCGGCCGGGGAGGGUCGACGUUCAGGUGAACAUGUCGUACUGCACGUUCACUGCGUUCAAGACACUGGCGUACAAUUACCUCGAGGAGACGGAGCACGAGCUGUUCGGCGAGAUCAAGGAGCUGUUGGGGAAGGUGGAGGCUACUCCGGCGGAGGUUGCAGGGGAGCUGCUGAAGAGCAAGAAUGUCGACGUCGCCCUGCACGGCGUGGUGAAGCUGCUGAGGAGCAAGGAAGGGACCAGAUCGCCGGCGGCGGUGGAGGAGAAUGGAUUGCUUUUUCCUGAAGAACGAUCUGUGGAGAGGAAGAACACUUGGAAUACCUUCCAGUAUAAUGGUUACGAGUAGAGACUCGGCGAUUGUGAAUGGUGGUGAAUACUCUGUUCUUGUUCAGGUUGUAGAGAGUAGAGACCAAAUUUUGGAUUUCUUUCAUUCAGGAUCUUGGGAGGAGCAUUUUUUUAGUGAGAAAAGAAGGCUCU